UUGCGUUGUAGAUCUCGAUCGCUUGCCAGACCACUCUCUUCCAAUAUCUAGUAGCAUAAGUUCAUUGAUUGAUCAGUAAGCUUUAAGCUCUUGUCACAAAUGUUCUACACAAUAUUUGAAAUGUAUAAAAGUCGCCGAAUGUUUUGAACGUGGAUAGUUUCUUCUUGAAAGUCAAGGCAUACACGGCACUCGAUUAAAGUGAACUAUAGUGGAUUAAAACAUUUUUGCGAAUUUUUGUGAUAUAGUACGUUUUUUAUUACAAGUGUUAUAUUCGUGUUUAUUCCCUUUUUUGCGUGAAGUAACAAAUAUGCCUGGAAGAAGUAAAUUGUGGGAUUAUUUCAACGAAAUCAAAAAAGUAAGAUGCAAUUUAUGUGAAAAGGAGUUUAGCUACAAUCCUAAUAUAGAAUCAGAUUUAAAUGGCCACUUGAGAAGAUAUCAUGAGAAAGCAUAUAACGCAUUGUGGCCGCCAACUGAGACUCGCAGCUCACCGCACUGUCAUCAAUGUGCUCAUAGCAUCCCAAGUACUAGUACUCGUACUACUAGUACCACUAUCCAGAAUCGAGGACCAAGAUCCAACAAACGCCAGAAAUUAAUUGAUUUGCAUUCGAACAAGAAAAUUGCAAAUGAACAAAAGAAAAAUAUUAACUUGUCCUCUGCACCACGACCUAUGGAUGCUCAUAGCAUCCCAAAUACUAGUACUCGUACUACUUGUACUCGUACUUCUAGUACCGCUAUGCAGAAUCGAGGACCUUAUGCAUGUGCACUUGAUGAUGAAGGCCCAAGAUCCAACAAACGCCAGAAAUUAAUUGAUUUGCAUUCGAACGAGAAAAUUGCAAAUGAACAAAAGAAAAAUAUUAACUUGUCCUCUGCACCACGACCUAUGGAUGCUCAUAGCAUCCCAAAUACUAGUACUCGUACUACUAGUACUCGUACUUCUAGUACCGCUAUGCAGAAUCGAGGACCUUAUGCAUGUGCACUUGAUGAUGAAGGCCCAAGAUCCAACAAACGCCAGAAAUUAAUUGAUUUGCAUUCGAACAAGAAAAUUGCUAAUCAACAAAAGAAAAAUAUUAGCUUGUCCUCUGCACCACGACCUAUGGAUGCUCAUAGCAUCCCAAAUACUAUUACUCGUACUACUAGAACCGCUAUCCAGAAUCGAGGACCUUAUGCAUGUGCACUUGUUGAUGAAGUCUCCCAAGUAAAACAAAUUAAUGAUGGAGAUGAAAAUUCCAAGGAAGUCGCUAAUAAAAAACUCGCAUCAAACUAUAAAAUUCCGGUUGCUAAAAAAUAUCUACUCAAAGUCAAAAUUGUAGGUCUAGUUGGGAAUUAUUCCAGUGAUGAUAUUUUGAAGUAUUUGAAGGACCAAAACGAUAUUUUUUCAGAAGUGUCCCACUUGAAAGUUGUGAACACUUGGGCCACGAAAAAUCCAAAAAUUUUUCAAGCACUGAUCGAGUUAGAUGCAGCUACUUAUGUUUCGGUAAUGGAUCAAGGAAAAGUGUUUGUAGAAUUCAAUAACUGUACAGUCUACGAUGCUACUGAUAUUAGGUUCUGCCAUCGAUGUAGUGGCUUCUAUCAUAAUCAGUCCAAAUGUGAUAAAGUGAUUUGUUCGAAGUGUGCCGGUAAUCAUACCUCGAAUUACUGUAUCAGUUCUGUUUAUAAGUGUAUAAAUUGUACUAAUGCUAAUCUUACUGAUAAUUCUCAUGCUGCUUGGGAUGCCGUAAAAUGUCCGAUCUUCAAGAGGCAACUGGAUUACUUUAAUUAAGGCCUCCAUUUUUGUUACCAAUAAUGAUCAGAGCAGAAAGAGAGCUCCGAAAAUUUUGCGCCAUCCCAUCAGGAUAAUUUUAAUUGUUUUCACCAGAACGUUAGGGGUCUGAGGUCUAAGACGCAUGAUAUUUUAUGAUAGCAUUCAUUGCAUAAGGCGAUUUUGAUAUAAUAUGUUUGACUUAGACCUGACAGACAUUUUAGAUUCGGAGAUCUGUGAUGAUCAGUAUGUUCUGUACAGGAGUGAUUGCAACAUUGAACUCACAGGCAAGACUAGGGGCGGUGGUGUGCUGAUAGCGGUUAUUGCUGGUUAUUACUUGAAUGCUUUAAAGUUGAAAUUUCAAGUUUGGCCUAUAACUUGAAAACAAAAGAAGAUAGAGGAGUGCAGUUGAUGAUUAUUAGUUUCUCGAAAAAAGACGACAUGAAUGGUACAUUCAUUUUCCUCUAACUCGUUGGGUUAAAAAGUUGUAGUUCAGGUAUCACCAAUUUUGCCCACCCUGUACAGGGUGUGAAUGUAAGGCAGUCAAUAAUUUCCGUUUUUGACGAAAAGUUGGGGAAUAGGCGGAAUAGUAUAAGGCCUUACAAACUUAUUUUUGAUGCUGGGCGAGUUGUUAGGUAAACAACUUGGGAUGUCUUUGCCACUUUUCGGAUGCAUUGCGUUCCUAUCCAAAUACCUCCGGGUUAUGAAUUCAACUUUUUUUUUAA